UACCCCGCCCCCCCUCUCUCUCUCUCCCUCUCCCUCUCCCUCUCCGUGUGAGUAUUGUGUAAUGUGUGUGUGUGCGUGUGGUGGGUCGCUUCGAAAAAGGCCCAUUCGUCUCUGGCCGUCGGAGAGGUGUCCUCUUUCAAAGGCCACGUUUCCCUACACCCUCACCACCCCCCAACCCCUCCCUUUAUAUUCUCUCUUUUUCCCUUCAUCUUCUCACUCUCUCCCUCCCCCACGUCAAGGUAGCAAGUCUCUUCAAUUAGCUCUAUCUCGAAGUAUUAAUGCCUUCCAUCUUCCUCUGCAACUAAAUGCGUGCGUCGCAUUCACAUUCUCCUCAUCUUUCCUUUUCUCCCUCUCUCUCAACCAUUUACAUUCAUUGAUCAGAAGACAAUAACAAUAGCCCUUCGUACUUUAAACAACUUCUGCUUCUACAACCGAGUGUCUCGAUCCGUCACCGGAAAUGGGUGAUCCGCCAAACUCAGAGACCGAGUCCACCAGCAACUCCAGUUCCUCCUCUCUCCCCAGCCAGCAGGAUCCGGGUCCGACUAUGAGGCCCAAGAGGCCCAGGGAGAGCAGCAAGCACCCGGUGUACCGGGGAGUCCGAAUGCGCACCUGGGGCAAAUGGGUAUCCGAGAUCCGCGAGCCCCGCAAGAAGUCCCGGAUCUGGCUCGGCACCUUCUCAACCCCAGAAAUGGCGGCCCGGGCCCACGACGUCGCCGCCCUCAGCAUCAAAGGCGCCUCCGCCACUCUCAACUUCCCCGAACUCGCCGACUCCCUGCCCCGCCCCGCCACGUCCUCCCCCCGCGACGUCCAGGCCGCCGCCGCCAAAGCCGCUGCCAUGGAGAACCUCCGCACUUCGGCCCCGGCAACGUCGUCAUCGUCAUACGCGUCGCCCUCUGCGUCGUCCACGUCAUUGACUUCGUCGGCGUCGUCGCAGUCGAUGUGGUCGCUGGCGUCGGCCGACGUGGCGACGCCGGAUGAGCUGAGCGAGAUAGUGGCGCUGCCGAGUCUGGAGGGGACGACAUUCGAGCUGCCUGAGUUGGGGAACGAGUUCGCGUUUGUGGACUGGGUGGACUCGGUGGAGGGGUGGGUUUAUCCUCCCCCAUGGUUGCAGGGAGCGGGCGACUGUGGGUAUUUUUCUGAUCAACUAUCAAUGAUGGAUGGUGUGAUUCCCAGCGGCUUCGAGGCCCUUUUGUGGGACCAUUGAUUCCCAUUUGCCUUUCUCAAUUUUCAAUUAUAUAUAAUUACAUUUUAAUUAA